AUGUUGCAAGUUGAUGAGUUUCCCGAUCGGUGGAUCCAUAAGAUCCUCUCUUUCCCAUGCUUCGAUCUCAUUUUUCGGGAUGCCAUUCUUCACACCUAUCUCUCCAAUCUCCAGCUCAUUUUGUCAAUGGAGGUGGGAUCAGAAGCUGAGUUCGCAGCUAAAGUCUUGGAAUGGUCUGCAUCUUUGGCACCUGAUCACCACAAAACUUUGGUCGCUCGGCCUGAGAUGCUCGAGCAGCUCUGGGUCUUUGCAAAGUCUGCUGAAAUUGUGUUCUCUGAGUCCUACAGUUUUCAGCUGGGGGUCGGAGCAGCUGCGAAAGUUGCUCGGGUCAAAGGCCCAGAUGUUUCGCUCGAGUUGAAAAGGCAGACAGCUAUGCUGUCAAUUCUCAAGCCGUGCAGGCAGCCGAAGCCGAAGCUUCCGGCAAGCAGCAGCUCCUCUGCUUCGCCGCUGCUCGAUCUCGAAACAGCGGAGAAGCUCAAGUGGGGUCGCCGCUUGGAGAAUAUCGCCACCCGCGCGGGCUCUUUCGCCGGACUUGGUGAGUCGUUCGCAGCCACCGGAGAGGGGCCCGAUGUUCUUGCUUCUCUGGAGCGCGAGAAGCUCAAGAGCCUAGUGCUGACGGCAGGGGCUCCCUCUACCAUGAGUGGUCAUAUAAGGAGAGUUGAAAGAUUUGAGGGCUGGGCCGAUCGGGCUUCCAUUCCCUUCUUUCCGAUCACGGAGGACAAGGUCCUGAAGUACGCCCUUGCGUUGGAUCGGGCAGAAUGCGGACCAACUGUGAUCCCGUCCCUGAGGACGGCUCUGAAGUGGGUCUUCGUAAAGCGCGGCAAGCCACUCAAAGAGGCAACGGCUUAUCAUCUGGAUCUUAUCAAAGCCAUGGAGGCGUUCGUCCUAGAGGGCUUCUUUGUUCCGGCUCGACUCUUCAUUUGGUGGGUUCUCUGCAUGAUCUUUGCGUCGCUUCGGUGCGACGACGCAGUUCAUGUUCGACCCUCGGAGUUAGAGAUGACGGACGAUGGGCUCCUCGGUGUCUCCUGGCAAACGAAGACUGAGCGGAAGAGACGAGGAACGAAGUUCAUCGUUCCCGACGUCUCCUUCUCGGACAAGCCGUGGCUCCAAGUAGGCUGGGAACUCUUUCUCCAGACCAUUUCGGUCGAGGUCUCCAGUGGCUCCAUUUCCUUCUCUUCAACAUUGCCAAAGAAGGCCAACAUGGCGCCCGAGGUCUUCCAGACGCUCUCUAAGCUGACGUGGCAUUCAGCUCGAGUCACGAUGCUUGACCAAGCCGUGCACAUGAAGCGCUUGACUGAGGAGAUCGGGCUCCAAGCUAACUGGAAGAAUCCGGGACCCUUGGUCCUCAAGUACACCCGUUCGCGGUCUUCUGUUCCGGCGGUGAUGGUCAGGGAGAUUGUGACAGAAAUCAAGAGGGCAUACCAUCCCAAAUGUGCUCGCGAAGACGAUGAGAUCGUUAAUGACGAAGAUGCGGAUCCUUGCCUCUUGGCGUUCUUCAUGAAAGCUCCUGAAAAGUGCAGUGGUUCAUAUGAAUAUAAGUUUCACUGCUGUUCAGCAGACUCAAUUGAAGAGCUCGCUUGCCGCCGGGUAAGGGAUCCUGAGUUCAUUAACAUAGGAUCAGUCUUGCCUGACGAGAAGCUUUUGUGCAAACUAUGCGCGAAAGCUCGGCCCGAUGUGGCCAAACUCUUCGGUAUCUUCGGCAGACAGAAGCUGCCAACGCCAAUGUGCUUGCUCAUGGCAGAGAUUGGGAUGCUCUCGGUCGAGCGAAUCGCCAUGCUCGGGGAUAACAUCGCCACGGUCAAGAACUCCCUCAAGGCGCUGGCGGCUGACGACAGCAAGUUCGGGGCCACGGCGCCGGAGAAAGAGCUGUCGCUCACCAUGUUAGCUGCAGUCUGGCGAUCGUCAUCUUCCUUACAAGAUCACGUCGCCACGCGGCGCUCAAAGAUGGAAGAGGAUCCGAGCAAGAUCCCGGAGAUCCCCGGAGAAGACCACGCAGAGUUCCGUGAGAUCUUUGUUCAAGCUCACCCUGACGUAAUCCUCACCUACUACAAGGAACCGCGCCAGAAGCUCGUGGAACGACUCUACCGGGACUAUGUCGUUCAUGGGGCGGUCGCCUUUUACGAAGUCGCAGAAAUGAGAACACGCGCCGAUCGUCUGGUGCAGACAGGGGGCCUGACCAAGACAGCUGAUGACCUGAUCAAGGUCGUGCAGACUGACGUGAAGUGCUCGGUCAGCUCUGAAGGCCAAGUCCUUGAUCGGCUACAUGCUUUCUUCAUGGCGCUCGAGUUCCUCAACAUCUGCGAGUUCUCGCAUAAGGCCGGACCGCUUCGCUAUCUCUCAGAGCUCGAGGAAUGGCGGCAUGAAAAUCGUGGUCUGGCGCUUCUUCUCUCCGCAGACGCGCUGAUCCGCAAGAAGGUCUUCAAGCUCAACCACGACAAGCGCAAGCAGUUCCCCACCUACUCGGCGGCGCUCGUCGAAGUCCUCGACAACCAUAAGCAGCUCUGGAACGAUGCCAGGUCGUCCGCCGAAAUUGACAAGUUCAAGCAGGCAGAGCUCGAGAUGGCCGCGACUCCGAAAAAGCGAGAGCGUGCCCGUUCGGCGAGCCCGCCGUCCGGAGACAAGCCCGAGCUCUCGGCCAAGCAGCGCAAGAACAAAGCUCGCCGCGCGCGCGAUCGGGCCUUGCUCAAGGCCGCCAAAGAAGGAUCCAAGAAGAAGGAGUGGUCGAAGAUCAUGAGCUUCAAGUACCAGGGCAAGAAGCGAUGCCCCUGGUACAACUGCACGUGGUACACACCGAUCGGGCCCUGGGCAGCGAAUGACGAGCCUCCGGCUCAGACAGCUGCUCCUGCCAUCAAGCCGCCUGAUCAGUGGCUUACAUGGGAUGAUGUGCCUCUCGACGCGGCCCAGGUCGCAAAACAGGGGCCAUUCUUCCUGGAGAUAUUCGCUGGUGAGGCUGGACUCUCGCACGAGCUCCGUGCCCUUGGCGUUCCAGUUCUGCCGCCAAUCGAUGUGGUCAUCGUGGGAAACGUGCGGGAAUCUCGCGAUGUGCUGGACGUCGAAUUUUGGGAGCGGAUUCUUGCGCUCGCUCGAGCGGGUGCCAUUGGUUUCAUUCACCUGGGUACGCCCUGCAGUUCGUUUAGCAUCGCCAGAGAACUGCCGCAUGGUCCCCCGCCGCUCCGCUCAAAGCUCUUCCCCAUGGGCCUGCCAAUGCUGAGCCGCAAGUGGCGGGUGGCUCGCCAGCUAGGUAAUGCGCUCCUCUGGCGCUCCAUCGAGGUGCUCCAGAUCGUGUUCUUCGCGGGGGGCAACUUUUCGUUCAAAAAUCCCCUCACCAGCCUCAUCUGGGACGCUCCGCCGAUCCUCGAUGUGCAGCGCCGUGUUCGCACCUUCAAUGUGGAUCUGGAUCAGUGCGCGUUCGGCGCGGCCUCUCGUAAGCCGACAAGGUUUCUGGCUUCCGCGGAGAUCUGCCUGGAGUGGCGUCGGUCUUGCCCCGGAGGACAUCGACAUCGCUCCUUGCGCGGCACGAGUCGCCAUGCCAAUGGUUCCGUGCAGUUCCGCACCAAGCAAUCGCAGGUCUACCCCAACCAGCUCUGCGUGGUCAUGGCUCGUACAAUUCAACUUCUACUUCGCGGGGAUUUUUCAUGGCUGGCUCCUACGUUUGCGCUGGACGAUCAAGAGCCGCGCAAGCGCGCGCUGGGUCUGCGAAAAGCGUGGUCUGGUCACCGACAAGAGGAAAACGCUCGCUUGGCACAGUUCGCCGGGUACCAGCUCAAAAGGGGUGCCGUCAAACCGCUGCUGGAGGUGGAGGUCACGCCAGGACAGGCCGUCCAAUGGGCGCUGCAGGUCGUUCAUCCUUUCUCAGUUUCGGCGGGGCUCCCUGAGCCGUUGCCGCAGCUCAUCAAGGAGAUUGCGCUCCAGCCUCAGCAGCUCAGUGCCCAGCGUCGUUCACAGAUGCUGUUUUGGUCUCGCAGAGCUCUGGAACUGGUUCCCGAGUCACUUCAGCGCAUCGCGGCUCUUCAUGAUCCCUGUCUUCGGCGCAUCCUGCGUGGCGUUCCGGAUCAUGAAGUACCACACCUGGGUCAAUUCUGUCACAUCGCGCUCUACGAGGAGCUCUUGGCUGACCAGGUCACUGCGGUCAAUCAGGAUGUGGCCGCUGCCGAUAGUCAUGUGAGAAGCAUAGCCGACGCCGAGAACGUGAACUUCAUCGACGACGGACGGAAUAGUGGAAGGACGGGAAUGGAGAUGGAUAGCAGUGCUGAUAGAGAUCGCCUCGGCCUCAGUUUCUCAGGACCACCCCCAGGACUGACGGAUAGAAACUUGGAGAUCGUGGCGGCGAUGGAUAGUGUGGGGAGGUCGGGAGGACUGGGCUAUGCCGGAAUAGCGGACACGUCGGGCACUCAGGGGAGGGACGCAGACGAAGGAUUGCAGGAGUUGCUCGCAAUCCCGUCGAUAGCAGAUAGAGGGGAUGCCGUAAUGCAGCUCAGCAUGCUUGCAAGCCGUCCUGUAGUGUUUGAUCCAGUUAUGGGAGCUACAGAUUUAAAUGAGUAUAGGGCCGGAAGAGGUGGGAUAGAAGCGGGAAACGCUAGGACUCCGACGCUUGCUAUCGAGGAUCUGGCUGGAAUAGAUGAAAGGAUGGAAGAGGGACCGUUCGUCAUCCCCUCCGAGCCUGUGUCCCACGGGACGAAUUACGAGUCAACGGGAGGUGCCAAGGGAAUCACUGGUUCCAGGUUAGAAAUGGCGAUCGAGGACAGAGUGGAUAGUCUUGCAGUGUCAUCAUCGUCAGAUCAUGAUAGGACGAUCAGGAGGAAUGAUGAUGGAAUAGAUGCGAUGAUGCCCAGUGGCGAGCUCGGUGCGGAGGGCGAUCGAACGAGAAGUGCGGAUAGCGGAUAUUGGAUGGGCAGAGGGAAUGGAGAUGAUCUCGUUCCAGGAGUGUAUUUGAAUAGUGCGACCAUGAUUGGGAAUGUCGGUGCCGAUCCUACAGACCUGGAGUUGAUAGCUAAGGGAUCGUCAGCGGUAGCGCAGAACGUGGUCAGUGAGAGCGAUGAUAGAGCACUGUCUGUAUUUUCAUCUACAGGUCUCUCGGAGGCAUCACCAGGCGGGAACGUUGAAGCGUUGAAGGAUGUGAGGAUGGGUCAGACUACGACGAUCGGAAUAGAGUGGGGAUCCCAUGGAAUCCGGAGUACGCUCGAGGAAACGGGGGUCAUCACUGACAUGGACUUUGCGAAGUUCUUCACAGAUCAGGGGCCAGGAGAGCCUGGAUCAACGCCCAUGACGAUGCAAUCGGAUUCGCAGGAACGGUGGAACGCUGGGAUAUAUGGCAAGAUGGAUGAGGGACUGCGUAAGCAACGAGCGGAGCAGGCCGUUAAGGAGAUGAACCAGAUAGCCGAGAGCGUCCCCGCAGCGAAGAAGUCGAAAUCGACAGAAAUUGGGGGACCGAUCCAUCAGGCAGGAAUGAUCACCCCGGAUCAGGGUAGCGAAGGAUGGGGCAAUCGAUCCCCGGCUCCACGAUCUCCUGGGAUAGGUGGGCAGUACGAGCAUUUCGGGAUCGAUACUCCUCCUGAAGGACGAGGCAGGAACGACGAGAUGAGGGCAACAUCAUCCCCACCCAGGCGGGCAAAGAUGAGAGCUCCUGCUGAUCCGGACAAGUCGUCGUUGGGAGAGAUAGAUGGCAGGAUAGAUGACUUGCAGACGGUGGUUGUGGACACGCAGACCGACGUAGCCAAGCUUAAGGUGGCAAGCGAAUGUGCAAGUGCAAUUGCUAAUAGCUCAGCGGAAAAGGCGGACGUCGUGAGCAAGAGAUUGGUGGAAUGCGAGGAGGAGGUGAAGCACUGGAAAGGUUGGAUAGAAUCGCAGCAGAUAGAUACCAAGACAACACUGUCGCAGGAGCUGAAAGAGAUGAGUCGGAUCAUGGACGGGAGCGUCAGCGAGGAUAGGAUGGAUGAUGCAAUGGCUCCGCAACUGACCGAGGGAGCAAUGCAGCUCGCACGGAGAAUGAGACGGCAGGUUGAAAACGUGAAGGUGCUCAAGACCUCUGUUACGACUAGAUUGAAGGGAGUGGAGGAGCGAUUGUCCACAGCGGAGCAUUCAGCGGACAUAGCCAAACAGAGUACCGGGACGAAGAUCACCACGUUAGAGACAGGAUUGAACGAGGUGAGACGUGGCAUAGGUGUAGUCUUCUCGAGCAUGCAAAUGCGACACGAGAAUGGAACAUGGAAGAACGAGAGACUGGAUAAAGUAGAGACGGUUUUGAAUAGACAGUGGGACCAGAUCAAGAUAGCGGGCGAGGAACUAAGGAAGCUGAAGUCCAAGGGGAGCCAGAAAGCCGGAACAGAUACGGCAUCGUCGUCACAUUGCAACAGCCAAGGAAAAGGUCCUGGAUGCGGAUGCAGAGAACCUGGCGAGGGUCACGGCACGUGCAUAGAUGGGGCAGUGCGGGGCGAAACCAAGAAGCUGAGUGAAGUGGUUCUGGCGCAGAAGGAACACAUAAUGACCGUCGCGAGAGAGGUGAUAAAGAACCGCAAAAGCGUGGCUGAGAUUGUGGCGAACAUGACAAAGGUUCACAAGACUUGCGAGAAUGUCGCUGCAAGGUCCGAUCGGAUGGAUGAGAAGAGAAACGGAGAACAGGCCUGGGUGAAGGAUACCGUGCGAAAGAUGGAAAAGACAAUGGAAUCAAUGUCGAGCCGUAUGAUAGAUGAGCAGAAGAGAGUCACGGGCGAAUUUAUCCUUGUCAAUGCUCGAAUUGAUGAGAGCGCACGGAACGAAGGGGUAGGCAAGAUGCGAGGAAACAGCGCGGAGAUAGGAAAGCCACCGACCAUGUCACGCGGACGAGAUAGUCACGGUGGGAGUGGGGGAGCCGACGGAAGAGCCAGGAGCGACAACGCCCGAGGGAUAGAGGCUUCGAGGCCGGAGUUGGCAGGUCCUGUGGUAGAUCGAAGGAUUGAGAAUAGAUGCAUUGUGUUAGAACAGCAGGUGACCAAGAUCACUAGUCAAUUGCAGGGGUUGACCACUGUGAAUGAGCGGAUCGUGAGGGAGAACGCUAGCCUGCUCAGUGAGAUAGAAAGCAUGAAGGGGGAGAACAAAGGAGUGACAGAGUCGGUAGCGCGGAUGAUCCGGGAUAAUAGAGAUGAGGUAUCUAAAAUGAGAGCGGAUCUCGAUCUUCGUAGUAGAGAAAUGAUUGAACUCAAAGAGAAGAACGAGCAGUUGGAGGCAACGGUACGAGAGUAUGAGCGGAGACUGGAGCAGGUGAAACGAAACGAUAGCAUUAAAGCAGAGCUGGAUAGCAUGUGGAAUAGAAUCGGUGAGAUCGCCAAGCAGAGCUCCGAGUACGCUAUGCCGGCGCCGGCUGCGGGAGGUGCUUCGAACGCUGGCUCCGCAAGACCAAGCGGAGGGUAUAACAAGUUCAAGGACACCAGAGGGAUGGAGAAAUGCAACGAGAUAUCGAUAGCGAAGGAGCCAUCAUCCGGGGAAGUAGGACUGUGGCUGGGCGAUGUUGCACACACUGCGAAGGCUGCGUAUCUGUAUGACGGGGACUAUGCAUACACGCAGGUAUUGAGGGUGCGCGAAAGGAGCGAAGCGAUGAUAGACAUGGAACUCAAGUAUCCUGCGUUAGAGAACCAGCUUUUUAGCGGAUUAAAGAGAGCAAUAAAGUCAGAGUCAUUGUCGGCGAAGGUGAAGAUGGAGAUGUACAAGACUCAGCAAGUGGGGGAUGGAAAGCCGAUGACGGCCAUGAGAUUGCUUACGCUGAUAGUAAAGCAUGUUGAGAUCCCGAUUGCAAAAGAGAGUCAGGUGCUGUACGAUGGCCUGAGUAGCACGAAGGUGAUGAGUUUCCCGGGGAAGCCCGAAGAGGAGGCACUGGAGGAGUUCAUGACUAGAUGGGAUCUAGCGCACACGAACCUUAUAGGACUGAAAGGCAAUACCUGGAGCGAGCAACAGCUGGGAUGGAUGUUGCAUUCGAAAGUGCAGAGAGUUCAGGUGCUGAACCACGAUAUUGAGGCAUGGCGACUGCUUCCGGACGAGGCCAAGACUCAUACCUGGUUGCGAAAGAGAAUCAAGGAUAGACUGGAGAUGUGGAGAGCGGACAAGAACAUAGACGAGGCAUCAAUGCGGGUGAGUCGACAGGCAUUCACGAGUGGGUACGGGGGAAUAGCUACGGAAGAGGGAUAUCUGUGGGAAGAGGCAGGGACGGACUUUCGCAGGCGGGGAGAGCCGAUGACCCGAAGAAUAGAUAUGGCGGAAGAGGUCCUCAAGAAGGCCAGCGAGGAUAGCCAGGUGUAUGCGGCCAUGCCUGUGGUACGACAAGGGGAUGAUGGCGCCGAAGGCACGCAUAGGGGAAUACUGGUGACGACGACAGGCAGGGAGCGAGUGAAGAAGGGUAAUAGGCGAGUCAAGGGGUUGGGCUCCGAAGAGACGGGGAUAGCAGGACUGGAUAUAUGCUAUUGGAAAGGACACACAGCUGAUAAGAUGGUACGAAAAUGCAAAAACGUACACAAGAAGGGGUAUGUACAUGAUGUGAAACGAUAUCCCGUGAUUGAAGAGGCAAAGGCAAGGCUACGAGGAAUAUCCCUAGCCGAAGAGGUCGUGCUGGACAUACUUGCCGGGGAGCAAGGCGAGGAAGGUAGGGAUGCAUCAAGACUGGCUGAUAGGAUAGUGGAGGAAUGCAGGAGAAUAGGUAUAGUCGACGAGAGAUUCCGCGUGGAUAGUCGAGAGGUUAGUCAACCGGCGGCGUCUGCACAACAUUGCUUGCCCCCGGUAAUGAGACGAUGGAUGAUAGACUCGGGGUGCGCUAUGGAUCUAAUAGCAGAAGCAGACCUCACCCAGGAUGAAAAAGAUAUGGCCAUUGAGGCGAAGAAAGUGAGGUUCAACACUGCCAACGGCAACACCACGUCAAAGCAAGAGAUAUGCAUGGAUAUACAAGGGAUGCCUGAGACGAUGAGGAUUAGAAUGCUCGAGAGUACUCCCGCUGUUCUAUCAAUGGGGAGGAGAUGUAUGAAAAUGGGAUAUUCAUUUCAUUGGCUGGCGGGUGCAAACCCCGUGUUCGUCAAGCCUGAUUCGAGCUUGAUAGUGCUAAAAGUCAUCGGGGAUAUCCCAUACAUGGUGGAUAGAAUGUCAACGGUUGUUAACGAAAGUGAGCGUAAUGACUAUCACAUCUAUCCUGCUAUGCCAGCACCUCUUGCGAUUGAACUGCCCGUGCGAGGAAAUUCCAGUCCGAGGAGACUUGAAGAGAAACAGGAUGAAUGUAGCCCCAAAAGCGUGGACUCGGACACGGAUAGAGACACCGAAGAGGAACCGAUAGGAAAGGCCACCAACGAUGACGGGAGGCUACUAGACAAGUGGAUGUUAACGGGUAAUAAAGCGGUGUGUUUCCACAACAAGCCAAGAACGAAGACUUGCGAUCCAUGGUUUGAAACACUGAAAUUCCCAGAGAUACAUGCACUGGUGCCGCGAUUCGCCGAGAGAUGUAGAUCCAAACGUGUGUACAAAGAUGGCAAAACCGUGGCGGAAUGGAUAGACUGGGUGGACAAGUACAGUGAGGGAGAGAAUAGAGACGCGGAAGAGGACUUAUGGACAGGCAAGACCAUGUUCAAGAUAGAAGGGCUCACAUUCGAAGGAGCGGAUGCAGGAGAAGCGGUGCAGAGCGAUAGCGCGAAGGUGAGAAAACAUAUCUUGAAUAGAAUGGCUGCGGACGAAGACGCGGGGCUAGAUGACCUGACGAUGAUGCUGGACAAGAACAUCGGUACCGGUGGCGAGGCAGAGACGCUAGUCGAGAUAGCAAGGUCGAGGAACGGACCGGAGAGGUGGGGAUACUCAUUUAUCAGUUGGGCACAGAAGCAGGAAUGCCGGGACGACGAUAUCAUCAUACUGCGCGUGUGCAUGCUUGUGGUGAUAGGAAAGGCACGUCACCGACGAUUGAGAGCCCCAACGAUGUGUCUCAUUGAGCAGCCCCAGGACCCCGAGACGUAUUGGGAUGAUACGCCAGAAGGGGGAUACGCAUCAUUGUGGGCGACAGAAGAAUGGGAUAGGACGAGUGCCAUCCUAGGAACGAAGCUGUUCAGUUUUGAUCAGGGACCGAUGGGACACUCUAGGAAAAAGCCGACAACGAUAGCGACUGACGCAGAGUUGAUAGGAUGGGCGGUCAAUCUUAGAGGACCAGGGACUGGAGCGGCGAAUGAUAGCAGUGAUAGAAGCAAGGGCGAGAUGAGCGAAUCGCAGAACUGGGCGGAGUGGGCACCGGGAUUAGUGCGAGCCAUUAAGGAGACUAUGCGUAAGCACCACCGAAUAUCAUCAGUGGCCGAAAAGGGGAUAGACGAGAGGAAUAGGGAGACAACGAUAGAACAAGAUGAUAGUGAUGGUCGACUGAGAACGACGUUCUACUGCGCCGCGUGUAAGGCUGAUUCAUCCGGGGUAUGCGGGUUUUGUGAAAGAGCUUUAAGUCCUGAGCAGAUUGAGGCGGGACAAAGCGCACGCAAUAUGACGGAUGUGGAGUUUCAGCUCGUCCGCGGAAUGAAGAAGAAUCCGGAUGACGACCUAAGGAUCGCGGAGCAAGUCGUCGCUGUACCCGGCGAAGAAGAAAGCACCGAAAACGAAGGCGAAUUGGAUGUUGAUAUAGAUUUGCCCGGAAUAGCCGACGAAGAACAGGCCAGAAGAGGAGUGGGAGAGCCUCAGCAGGAUGAUAGCGCCGGUGGCAUGGGAGAAGUGGAACAAACAGAGGCAGAAGUCGGACCUGCAGAUCAAGUUCGAGUUGCGGAUAGACUUGGCGAAGGGAUAGGGUCGAGCAAAGCUGUGAGCAUCCGGAGAGCAAGAUACUCACCGGAGUAUGCAAAAUCGGCGGAACAUUUGCUCACGCAUCUCCCAAAGAACAUGCACUGCGUUGCCUGUCGACAAGGCAAAGCAAUAAACGUUCCCUUCAACAGGGGCGAAGGCAUCACCGACAAGGGUGCCGAGAAGUUCGGAGAGAGGGUCACUGCUGACACGAUAGUGCUUCGCAGCAACAAAGACAAGGGAAUCCGCGGAGAAAACAACGCAAUCGUGAUGUUCGACUUCAAGACACAGUGGAUACACUGCACGCCCGUGAAGUCCAGAGGAACGGAUGAGUUUGUGCGAGCUAUCAACGAGUUCCGAGGCCCAGAUAUGGUGGUGCAUCUGUACGCAGACGGAGCCGGUGAAUUCUCAAAAGCCUGCGAUGUCAUAGGAACUUGCAGGGCGACUUCUACACCCGGAUUACCCCGAACGAAUAGCAUAGCGGAGCUCAAGGUCAAAGAAGUAAUCUACGGUGGCAGAGUAUUACUGAGACAAGCAGGACUAGAACCGAAGUGGUGGCCAUACGCUGUGCAGACGUUCUGCUUCCAUAGGAACGUACAACAGGUGGACGGGGUAAGCCCGUACGGGAAAAGACAUGGCAACGAGCAAGACAAAGUGAAACUGAUUCCUUUCGGGGCACUUGUUAACUACCUCCCCAUUGCCGAAAAGCCUAGAAAAGCUGGCAAAGAGGACGCGGCCCUGCUCGAACGGGGGGAUCCUGAAAAUGACGCUCUUGAGAUUCUCGGAGCUGAUGAAGAUGUUUCGAGCAUGGCCUUGCCCUCUGAAACGAAGGAAACUAAAGAACAACGCUCGCAAAGGGAGGAAGAGCUGAGAGAAAUCGAUAGACGUGCGCUCGACAUGGUCAUGACGCAGGACUUUGAUGUGCAGCAUGCAAAGGACAUCAUCCUGAAGUUCACUUCGAUAGAAAAAGGAAUAGCGAAGAAUUCGCGGAGCAUGGCCACCGGUAGAGGAUUCAUAGUCCUGGGGCUGUAUGCGUACGGAGGAAAGAUUGGCGUUACGAAUAGUGCCAAAGAUUAUCCGGGGAUAGCCAUGGUGUGCUGCGAGCUGAUAGCAAAAUGCUUCCCAGAAGCUACUUUCACAACGGUGAUUGUGUCUGUCGGAACCAGGAUGGGGCCUCACAAGGACAAGUUCAACGAGAGUCAGACAUACAACUUUGUUGUGCCGGUAAGCGAGAGGGCGGGCGAAGCUAUGAUCUGGACGGAAGAGGAACAGUGUGCGAAUGAGAGUGGCGACGCCGCCGGGAUAAAGAAAGAGGUGCUUCCGGGAAAAUGGAUAUGGGGAAGGACUCGGAAGGUUGAUAGUGGGCUAAAGUUCAAUCCAAGAGUUUGGCAUGCUACCGAAGAUGCCUUGGCGCCGGAGGAUAGAGUGAUAGCGGUGGGAUAUACCCUGGCAGCGGGUAAAAAGGCAUCUGUGGACGACAAGUGGAAGUUGAUGAGGCUGGGCUUCAGAUUGGAUGAGCACUUUGCGACAUUAGCGGAUGGCUUAUGCCAGGCAGCGUGUGCAGACAACGGUGGGGAUGGGGAAGAAUAUGUAGAUCACGACGCCGAGGAAGAGCAAGCGUAUGCCAUGGCAUCCAAGGCAAAGUUCGACACUCCGACAUCACCCGGAUUGUUCCUAGGUUACGCGCUCCAACCAGGGGGUGUUCCGAGCGGAGACUAUAUAGUGGUUGAGCUGGCGCACCUAUAUCACGGAUGGACGGUACCGUCGAUACACCGCGUGAAGAGGAUAGUACUUGACGAGGAGAUGCCCAACUACUUCCCGAUGCAAGCUGUGGCUGAUAGGAAGUCGAGAAUCAUGACAGCGACUCGAGCUGAUGCCCUGGCCAGGUUGGAACUGGAGAGAGAGGGGCAGCAAGGAGAGGAGACGGAGGAAAUCUUCGCAGAGGAGAGAAGGGUACGAGCCGAUGUGAUGAGACAAAUUAAGUGCGACGAUCAGCAUCUUCAAAACGGGGAUUUCUGGGAACAUGAUGAGAUAGACCAUUCGUGGACGCUUCAUCACAUCUUACCCCGAAAGGAGCUGUGUACCCCAGGCGAGGAGGUCAAAGGUACAGGUGGCCCCGGGGAUAGAGAGCUGGGUCCAAGGAGACGAACGUGGAUAGUGUACGCCGAUGGUACAUCGGAGGUACUGGAUGAGGAUAGAAUGAAGGGCAAGAAGAAGAUCACCAAGAAAUGGACGGGGUGCACUACGUUCUGGGAAAAGGGGGAGCCUGAGGGAGAGAUAGAGGAUGAAGCCAAGGAGCGGGCGCGGGGAGAGAAGGCGACGGGUAUACGGGGGGUGGGUUUAGACUACGAACAGGACAUGCCCAGGAUAGAACGGCCGUACGCGAGAUCUCACAAACCCAACUCCAUUUCGUCGGCAGAGUGGAAUAGGAUGAGUCCGGGACAGCGACUGCGCUAUAUAGAGGGAGACAAAGAGAGGAUCAUCAGAGGAGAGAGGCCUCCCUCUGCCGUUCGAGGGCAAGAGGGAAUAGGACCGCGUCCCGCAGAAAUUGGAGUUCGAGAAUGGAUGGAGAAAAUCACCGACCAUGGCCAGGACUUCUCACCGCAGGAGUACCGAUGGGAUUCUCCAUCGGGAAUGCCUGAGGGUGGCCGAGUGUGGGCAGUAAGAAACAAUCGCGCCACAUCCUACCGAUUCUAUGGCGGAAGGGACAAAAGACGGCUCGAGCUCUGGUGGAGGGUCACUCGGAGCGCCAAUACUGGAGAGGUCUUAGAAUCCAUUGAAUAUGACUCAUGCAUACAGGCGGAGAUGAUGCGCAAUAGAGGGAGAUACCGAUUCGUUGUGCCCAGGGACAUCAUCACGGAGUUCUGGUACAUCCCCGACGGAGGAGAAGACCGACGAAUCAGGGAUAGAGGAGAACCAGCAGAACCUGCCGCACCGGCAUCCAGGAUGGGAGAUACUGAGGAGGUUGCGAAAACCAUCAAUCAAUUGUGCAGCACAGCUGGAAUAGCGCGAACGCCGUCCGACAACAUCAUUGGGGAAAUAAUGAGGGAGUUGGGCGAGCAGCCUAAAGUGCAGGUCAUGGGGGUCGGAAUAGAAGAAACAGGGGAUAACGGAGGUGAGAACGUAUCUUGGAUAUCGGGGGAAGGAUGUGUGAUAGGAGAGGGUGUGACGGAUGUGGUCAUCGCUAUCGAUGCGUCUAGCGAGGGCAUGAGUGUAGAAGUUGAUCGAAAGGCAUCCGGUUGGAGACGUGAGGAAGGUCUAGAUAGUACGCGAGAGGCUCGAGAUAGAGUGUUUGGUAAUAUAGAAAAGGUUAUCACCGACGCCAACAGCAGAGGAAUAGUGGCUACGACCAUCUGGAUAGGCGGCAAAAGUCGAUUGGCCGACGAGACCAUUGUUCGAAUGGCGCUUGCCUGGGACAUGUGGAUAGUACGGAGUGAUGGAUGCAUGCUGGGUAUGAAUGACGGGGUGGACGCGUCGUGUUACAUAGGAAUGGUCACACCAUGUAUGAUGAACGCGAUCGCGGCGGACAUGUUAGCAUGCGAUCAUAUGCCAAGGGAUCAUGAGUUAAUGUCGCACAUGGUGAGGACAUCGGACACGAAAAUGGACGUACAACGAGAGCAGGAGCGUAAAGCGAUACGCGAAAUGAUCAAGGUGAUAGAGGACGUGGUAAACAUCUGCGGCGAGGAAGAGGGUGAUUCGGUGUCGAUGGCAUGUGAAGAACACGAGGGAGAAUAUCUCGGAUAUAGCAGUGGUAUGGUGACACUGGACGUCUUCGGACCCCGGGCGAAACACAUACAGGACCUGCGCGUGAUCCUGGUCGACGGCGACGACAUAGGCAAGGUUAUGAUGAUGAAGCCAAACAGUCGCCGCACCAGACAUAGCACCGGAGGGGCCGCGUAG